AGCUGACAACCAUCUCCCGCAUUCUUCACGAAGCCAUCUCCUGUUUUCGUCAACGUCUCUUGACUAGAGCAUCUUUGAUUUCUUUUUCUACACCAGACUAGACAAAGAGCCAUCUAGACCAUCUAGAACGUCUGCCUCUGGUCAUUUCUGCCCUCAUCCCCCCAACAACCAAUCCACAAACAACAACAAAAACAAAAACAACCCAGUCAAUCACCAACCACUACUACUACAUUCAUCAUGCCUGCCCGCAAGAUCACUACCCUCCUCUUUGACUGCGACAACACUCUUGUCCUCUCUGAGGAGCUCGCCUUUGAGGGCUGUGCCGACCUGAUCAACCAGAUCUGUGAGAAGCGCGGCAUCAAACUCGAGAAGCCCUUCACUGGCGACACCCUUAUCAUUGAGUUUGUGGGCCAGAACUUCCGUGGCAUGCUCAAGACCCUGCAGGAGCGCUACAACUUCGAGGUCACUCCUGAGGAGGAGGAGGCCUACGUCAAGGAGGAGGAGAACAUUGUCAUCGCCAAGCUCAAGGAGAAGGCUCAGCCUUGCAAGGGUGUUGAUGCCCAGCUUGAGAAGCUGGCCGCCUCUGGCAAGUACAAGUUGGCUGUGGUCUCUUCCUCUGCCCUGCGUCGCGUCAAGGCCUCGGUCGAAAAGGUUGGUCAGGACAAAUACUUUGGCCAGGACAUCUUUUCUGCCGCCACGUCUCUGCCCAAGCCUACCAGCAAGCCUGACCCUGCCAUCUACCUGCAUGCCUGCAAGACCCUUGGUGUCAACCCUGAGGAGUGUGUCGCCAUCGAGGAUUCCAAGUCUGGCUCCCUGUCUGGCAGCCGUGCUGGCAUCAAGGUCAUUGGCUAUGUGGGCCCCUACACUGAUGACAAGAAGGAGGAGAUGAAGAAGGUCCUGAGUGACGCUGGCUGCUGUGUCAUCAUGGAGGACUGGGAUGAGUUCCCCUCCAAGCUCGAGCAGGUCGAAUCUGGCGAGGUUUAGGGAGAGGGCCUGCACUCCAAAUAAGCUGGUGACAUGGUCAUCAUCAUCGUCCUCGUCAUCAGCCAUGCGUGCUUUUUUCCUUUCUUUUUUCCUUCUACUCCAGGUGUUGAGCGAGCGGGAUCAUAUCAAAAGGGUUUUUCUUUUGCUGGGAUUUUCAUGGUGGACAUGGAACGACGGGGCCUAAGUCAGUUACAUACAAAUGCAAUGAAGACAUGAGGUCACCACAUGGUCACCACACA